CCGCCGGCAACCCUCAUCAUUCACACCUCUGCUACACCCUUCACGCAGCACCUAGACAGCGCAGAAAGGCAGCCUCUACCCCGACAAACACAUAUCCAGCGCGUCGCGGGGCACCACCCGCACAGCUGUACCAUGGCGCCUCUCCACCUCUUCGACAUCCCUUGUCCUAGGACCUUCCUUCGCGCAAUGUCUCUCCGCACCGGCGCCGAAAUCAUCGCCUUCCUCCAGCUCAUCAACAAAGUCAGCGGCCUAUAUGGCAUCCUCGCGCUGCUAACAGGCGCGCCGCUCUCACCCCUCCAAUUCUCGAUGUAUCUCUAUUCGCUGCUCGCCCUCAUCGCGACUACCUACCUAUACCCGCACAUCCGCCGCGGCUCGCCGCUACAGUGUCUCGCUCUCGCACACCUCUACGCCUUCGACAGCGUAAUCAACGCCCUCUACACCGCCGCGUUUGGCGUCGCCUGGUUCUACGUCCUCGCCGCGCACCCGGACGAGGAAGCCACGACACCCGGCGCUCCCGGCAUCAAUGCCACCGCUGGAUUUACCAACCCGAAGUACAACGUCACUUCCGUGGAGGUGCUCGCGGAGCCGGCGGGCGGGCUCGCCAGCGGGCAGGAUGCCAUCGCCGUCGGGAAAGCUGGGAAUGCUGGCCUUGGGAAAGCCGUGUUCCAGAGCGGAAGCAUCAUGAGUAUCGCGCUCAUCUGCUUCUUCUGGGCGUUGCGAACGUACUUCGUCUUCGUGAUGCUGGCAUUUGCCCGACAAGUGCUCAGGCAGCAUGUUGCGACUACAUCUUCGGCGGCUUGGAGCUCAGGCGAGAAUACAACUAAUAAUAUGGCUGAGAACCCGUUUGCAGAAGGACGUGAGGAGGGCUCUGGGUGGCAGGGUAAGCUCGGCCGAGGGAUGUUGGGACUUGCGCCCCGGUAUUGGCUCGGUGCGGACGAGGAUGGGGAGUGGAUGCGAGGACUGGGCGGGAAGUUCAAGAAGAGCCUUCAAGAGCCUGUGGGCGUGAUGGAAAGGGAGAGGCGGCGGAGAAGUGGGACGGGACCGCCAGCGGCGCCGAGGGAACUCCAAAGGCUAGCUGAUCUGCCCGAGUCGCGGUAGUAUAGCUGCAUGGUAGUAAACUCCAUGUCGCGGUCAACUGAACAAGAAAAUGAUGGGAAACGAGAGCCCACUACGAGAAAAAGUUGGAAAGCGUUUUGGAGGAGAUUGGAGGCUACAUUUCAAUCGAGUAUUACGGACAUGGAGGAUGACUUGCAUGGAAGUGGUAAUG